AUGGUCGAUCCGGUCUACUACCUUCGCGUCUUUUCGGCCAAGGGCGAGCUUGGUGCACGGCAAUGUGACUUCGAGGAUUCACCGGCUUUCAAAGUUGUUCCCAGCUCUGACAAUUAUGCACAUGCUUUCCGCCAUACCAAAGGUAUCAUUAUGGAGCUUUCUGAGACGCUGGAAAGCUUCUGCGGCCGUCAGAUACAGCCGCAAGUCGACCUUUCUAUUAUCAAGGAAUGGCUAGAGUUUUGUCACAACAACCACAAGACUCUCUGCAAGGAGAAAUCUACUAUGCAAAUUCCUCCAGGUUUUCGCGUGAUAGACUGCUUAGAACGCAAAAUCGUUUCUUGGGAUAACGUUCCUCACCCUAAGCAAUACAUGACCCUCAGCUAUGUUUGGGAAAGUUCAAAGGAUGAAUCGGCAGUCCGAAACGGUAUCAUUCCAAAUCCCGCACCGGGUACAAUAGAGGAUACAAUCAUCUUGACAAUAAACCUCGGCUACCGGUAUUUAUGGAUAGAUCGGUAUUGCAUUCCACUUGAUGAUGCCGCGAACAAGCAGAUACAGAUCAAGAGUAUGGGGGAGAUCUACCAGCACUCCAUGGUCACGGUUGUCGCCACAGCGGGAAGCGACUGUCCUUACGGAUUACCAGGAAUUGGCGCCACUACAAGAGAAACUCAGCCCUGCGUGAAAAUCGGAGACAGGACUCUUGUGUACACUCCAUAUGUGAGAACAGAGAUCCUAAAUUCGAAGUGGAACAGUCGAGGCUGGACUUACCAAGAAGGACUCCUCUCUCGACGAAAACUUGUAUUCACCGCUACGCAGGUGUAUUUUCAGUGUAGCGCUAUGCAUUGUCUCGAGAGCAUCCGUGCACCACUCACAGGCUUGCAUGUUUACAAGAAUGUGCGGAUGCGAGACAAUGUGGAAAUUUCUAGAGUGUUUCCCCUUCGUGGACUCGGAAAGAGCGUGGAUGACCUUGAAGGACGCCUCACUGAGUACCUUCAAAGGUCUCUCACGUUUGAGAGUGACAUACUAGAUGCCUUCAGGGGUGUGCUUGCCGCUUUUGAGCGGAUGUUCCCAUUGGAACUGAAAAGUCUCUGUGGGAUUCCAAUAUUCCAUACUAUGGAUAUUGAGAGUGAUUUGGAUGCCUUAGUCCAUGGCCUAUCAUGGUGGUCCACCAAUUUCUACAAAGAAGGACAAGAGCCGAGACGACGACUAGGAUUCCCAAGCUGGACAUGGGCGGGAUGGAAGCUACCAAAGAUCUCCUCUCGCGGCGGUUACUUUCGCGGGCAGAAGGUGAUCGUUGAUGUUAGUGUGGAAUAUGCCGACGGGUGUGUGCUGCUAUGGAAUGGAAAUCAGGAUUCUAUACUUGCUCGGGAGAAGUCGGGGUCUUCGCCUCUCUUUUUCCGUAUUUGCGGUCCAACACUGGAUGUACAAAUCUCCCCAGAUUGCAGCAUAUGUGGAGAGAAUGAAGACGGCAUAGUUGAGCUGUUUGCGACACAGCUCGACACUCGGAUCUUUCGAGAGCGUGCGAUUGGGCUCACGCGGGAUGCUUACCGGAUGAACGAGGCGGAUAAUGGCUUCUUCCAGUUCACAUUACUGAUGUUGUCUCAGUCGGAUCAUGACGCGAUAAUCCUACUGCUCUACCAGCCAGAAGGUUCCCUUCAUUUCGAGCGCAUAGAUGGAUUCUACCUUUCGAAGACAUCUCUCGACUCCACGGUGAAGUUGACUUUACCUGACACUUUCAAGGGCUGGAGAACACAAGAAGUUGUUAUAGGAUAA